AUGUAUAAUAAUUUACCCAAAAGGAACACUUAGGAAAUAUAAGGGUAAUAAUUAUUGUUCAUUUUUAAGAAGAAAGGUCCUCUCAAUUAAUUAUGAGCUUUCAGGAAGUUACAAUGCUCCAAAUAUUAGAUAAUAUUGGCAAUAAUAUAAUGUAACGCUUGUAUCUAUUUCUUUAUAUUAGAACAAUAAUUUUGAGAUAAUAAGCAUGGUUGUUUCAGGAAAUUGCCACCUACACAAUAUUAAGAAAGCAACGAAUUGAAAUGUGAUAAAUUAAAAUUUAAUGUCCCAAUUUGUUUUCGAAAGAAUUUCUAAAAUUAAAAGAAAUUAUGAAAAGGAAAAAGUAAAAAUCUGGCUUUCAAAUAAUUAGAGUUGGUUACGUUAGUGAGGAUGACUAUAGAAGCCAAUAAUGCUGCAGCUUUUGGUUAAUUGAAAACAUUCAACAUAAAAAUCCAGAAUUUUUCCUGCUUAGCUUCAAUUAUCUUCUGGCGUUCGACUACUAUUCUAAAAUAAUAAGAAUGUCAUCCAAUAGAUGAAUCUUUACUAAACUUCUAAUAAAAAGGGAACUAAUUAAGGGCUUCCAGAUUGAUGGCAUCACAUAAUUGCUUUCUAUAAUUGACAAUUCUCUACCAAUUACAUGAUACUCAAGAACAGCAUGGAACAAGAUAUAGAAAUUGA